AGGGUGAGUGGGUGAGAGAGAGAGAGAGAGAGAGAGAGAGAGAGAGAGAGAGAGAGAGAGAGAGAGAGCACGCACACAGACCGGUUUGUACCAUACAGAAACACAUGUCUCAACAGGACGAGCGUUACAUGAGAAGACUAAGUGCAAGGUGUUGCGUGUGUAACUCUGCACUCUCUCACUGGUACUAUGAACGAGAUGGACAGUAUUUCUGCAAAAAGGACUACUGGGCUCGCUUUGGAGAACAGUGUCGUGGAUGCUCAGAAAUCAUCACCACUGGCGUCAUUAUGGUGGCGGGGGAGCACAAGUAUCAUUCAGAAUGUUUUAUCUGCGAACAAUGCAGCAUGUUCAUCGGAGAUGGGGAUUCAUACGCUUUAGUGGAGCAUUCCAAAUUAUACUGUGAGCACUGUUAUUAUCAGCAUUCAGCAGCAAGGCAUUCAGGGACAGGAUGUUCCCGGCUUCCUCACACUGUGGCGCUGGUGUCAUUUCCUGCUUCAGCAGAGAGCAGGAGAGGUCUGGCGUUCACUGUGGAUCAGUGUCCUGUUAAUGGAAAAAGCUCCAAUAUCAAAGUAUCUCAGUUAGAUACGUCCACAACCAGUCCUGAAAUUAAGGAAAUGAUUCACGUUGGAGACACUCUCCUUGAAAUCAAUGGAAAAGCCGCCCAAAACAUUCCACCCGAUGAGAUUGACCGGAUGAUCCAUGACAUUGAGCACUGCCUAAAGCUCACUGUCGAACACAACCCUGUUGGCCUUUCUAGUCCAGAGGAUCAGUCUUGUCUGUUGGACGAAGAAGCAGACCAACCAGGGAAUUUAGACUUCCUGCCUCAUAACCAUGUCCGCCAACGCACCAAAAACAUUAUGCGCAGUUGCAGCAUUGAAAAAAGCCCGUGUUCCCAAAGCCACUUGCCGCUGCUCUCUCUCAGAAGAAACAUUAAUCGCUCCGAAUCUUUGCGUGUCGAUUCAGUUGACAAAACACAGCGCAUAUUCCGUCCCUCUGACCUCAUAUACGGAGAGGUUAUUGGAACGGGCUUCUACGGACAAGCCAUCAAGGUGACACAUCAGCAAACCGGUGAAGUCAUGGUGAUUAAGGAACUUCUUCGUUUUGAUGAAGAGACCCAGACAACAUUUCUCAAGGAGGUCAAAAUGAUGCGCUGUCUGGAUCACCCAAACGUCCUAAAGUUUAUUGGAGUUCUUUACAAAGACAAGCGAGUAAACUUUAUCUCGGAGUAUGUGCCAGGAGGGACUCUGAGGGAAACCAUACAGAAAAUGGGCAGCGAUCAUCCAUGGAAACUAAGAGUAAGCUAUGCAAAGGACAUUUCUGCAGGGAUGGCCUACCUACAUUCCAUGAAUGUGAUCCAUCGAGAUCUGAACUCGCAUAACUGUUUUGUUAGACAGAACAAUUCUGUUGUGGUGGCGGACUUCGGGUUGGCAAGACUUCUGAAGGAGGAUAAAUCUCAGAUGAGGAAUCCUUCUCCUGAGCAAGCAUCAAAGCUGAGUAAGCCACAUAGGAAAAAAAGAUAUACAGUGGUGGGUAACCCAUACUGGAUGGCACCUGAGAUGAUGCGAGGUAUUAGCUAUGAUGAACGUGUUGAUAUCUUCUCCUUUGGAAUCAUUCUCUGUGAGAUUAUUGGCAGAGUGUAUGCGGAUCCAGACUACCUCCCCCGCACUAUUGAAUUUGGACUAGGAGUCAAGGAAUUUCUAAAGCGCUACUAUCCAGCAGAAUGUCCAUCCAGCUUCUUUCCACUUGCAGCUCUUUGCUGUGACACAGAAGCUGACAAACGGCCCUCAUUUGCCAAGCUAGAAGAAUGGCUAGAAAGCUUGCUGAUGCAUCUGGACAUCAGACUUCCUCUAAUCUCAGAUCUGGAUAAGGUGCGGAAAGCGUUUUGGGAAAACCACAGCGAAAUUCAGCAUGAAAACGGUUUCCAGUCGGAACAAAAAGACAGGCGAGCGUCAGUUCCGAAGUGAUGCUCAGUGUUUACUUUGUUUGAAGUACAUCACCUUGUUUAAAGAACCUGUGGACAAGCUAAGAACAAACUGUGAAGGGACAAUUCGUUCAUAGAUGUGGUCAUUUCAGGAUAAUCUUUGCUGCUUUUUAAUAGAUAAUUUUCACUGUAGCAAGUGAAUUUAGCAAUAAUAUUGGCGCUAAUGUAAGUGAGCAAAUUGAUACGGCUACUGUUCAAAUUGAGGCACAGACUGGAAGUUAGCAUUAUUUGUGUCUGGCUAAUGUACUAACUUAUAAAAAUGUGAAUCAUUGUAUAAAACCAGGUACAAACUGGCUAAUGUUGUAUAGUUUUUUUAUUUUAUUUGCUAAUAUCUACACAUAAAUUAUUUAUAUAAACCAUGUGUGGCUAUUUAAAGUGCAGAACUUUUUUUUAAACCUGUCAUAAAAUUUCAACCAUGAAACUGACAUAAAAACAUUUUAUGACACUGAAAUAAAAACCUUUUUGAAAUCUUCAGAAAUAUA